AUGAAGACAAGCUUACUUACCAUUCCUAGCAAAAAGACUGAAGAGGUCUCCUGGGUGAAACCACUCAACAAUUACCUCCUUUCGAUAUAUGGCAACACAUCGUCAUAUCAAACUGACAUAAAUUCAUUCGAGAAAUUGCGUCAAGAUAUCAGAGGCGUUCAUGCCGACAAUACUGGAUUGAGAUUAUACUUUAAAUAUUAUAGCCAGUUGGAAGUAUUAGAUGUAAAAAUUCAAUUUGCUUCAUUGAAUAGAUCGAAGAAGUUGGACUUUGUCUGGCAUGAUGCAUUCUCACCAGAUAUCACACAUAGACAAAAUGCCUUGCCAUUUGAAAAAGCCAACGUGUUGUUCAACAUUGGCGCAUUAUUGACCAAAUUUGCAAUUACAAAGUACAACGAGCUGCAAAGUAGCAAUGGAGUUGGUUCCGUAAAGGAUUCAAUUGUCAUGUUCCAACAAGCGGCAGGAAUUUAUGAAUACUUAAAUGAGAACUUUCUACAUGCACCUAGCGACGACUUGAGCCAAUCAACUAUCAGAUUUCUAAGUAAAUUAAGUCUUGCCCAAGCUCAAGAAGUGUUUACCUUGAAUGCAAUCACUAAUGAUUUGGACCAACUGAAGAACUCAUUGAUUGCCAAGUUGUGUAAAUCCGCCAGCUUACAAUACGAAGAAUGUUAUAAUAUGAUUAGCCAAGAAGAGAAGGAAAGUUUUAAAAUUGUUGAUGAAUAUGACGAUUUAGUGGGAGACGAUUUAGAUGCUCCUGGCGACGAUGAAGAAGACUCGCGUUAUGUGAAUGCACAAUUGGAUCCAUCUUGGGUUUCAAUUAUUUAUUUCAAAACCCAAUACUACAAGUCAUUAGCGCUUUACUUUCAUGCUUUGCAACUAGAGGCAGGAAGAAAGUAUGGUGAUGCAAUUGGGUUCCUAAAUCAAUCAAGCGCAGUGUUGGAAAACAUAAAUCCACACGCAAUGAGGACCAUAACUAAAGGGCACGGAAACGUGUAUGACCUAUUGGACAAUUACAAUUAUCAAAAAGAUGCAGUAGGAAUCAAAACUGAUGAGCUGGUGAAGGACAAUGACUUGAUCUAUCAUGAUUUGGUGAAAAAAGAUGCCAAUUGGAAUCAAUUAGCACCAUUUCAGGUUUCGAAAGUUGUAAACUUGAAUGAUAUCCCCUUGUUGAAGGAGGUUAAUGAGCAAGGUUAUCAAAAUUUUUUAAGCAAUGUUGUACCAAUAAACAUUCAUGAGUUAUCGAGUUUUUACUCAGAAGAGAAAUCACAAUUGUUAAGAAAUGAGAUUGAUUACUAUGAAGUAUCAAAAGAGGAAACUGAAUCUUUUCUCGAAUCAUUAAAAUUGCCCAAGGCGUUGCACCAGAUAAAACAAUCGUUAAAAUCAUCCGAUGAUGACGAAAUUCCUAAUGACAUUAUUUCCAAAGUGAGAGAAAUCUCGACCACAUAUGAAAGAGACCAACAGUUGGAAGAGGAGAAUGUCAAAUUGAGACAAAAAAUUUAUGAGACAAUUUCAAAGUUUGAUCAAUAUAGUCAUCAAGAUGAAGCGAUUAACCUCAAACGAGCUCUUUAUGAAGCGUCCAACUCAGAUAAGAAGAUAGCCCUGUUGAUUAACAGAGCGUUUUACAAGAUCCUCUCUAAAGGAUCUAAUGACAAGCAAUUUCGCCAAUUAUUUGAGCCUGCUUCUGCUCAAGAAGUUAGUUUAAUCGACAAAGACGAUGCUCAAGAUCAACAAAUCAAAGUCUUGGAAACAUUCUUAUACGAUUUGGGAACCAUCAAAUCAAACAAAGCCAGUUUGAUAGAAAACUUGAAGAAAGAUAUUCACACUGACGACAUUUCUGAAAUCUUGAUGUUGAAUGCAAAGCGAAUGAGCAAUAAUGAAAUCAAAAGUGUUAUAUUUCCAGCUGAGUUGAAAAAAUUCCAACCAUUUAUUGACAAGUUGGACAAUUUAAUCAACAGAGAAAAGUCGAUCCUUUCCGAUGUGAAAGCUGAAUGGGGCAGACUAUUGAGUGAUCCUGUUGUCAAAAAGUUGCAAUCCAGAAAUCAAGAGAAGGCUCAACUAUGGAGUGAGAACAUUGCAAAGAUUGAAUCAUUUUAUAAGAAUUGGACACAGUAUCAUGCAGGUUUGGAGAAGGGAAACUCUUGGUAUAGUAAACUCUUCAAGCAUUGUGAAGAGAUAUUGAAUGCAAAUGCAAUAAGCCAAUCUAUAAAUUCAUUAAAGUUGAACGAUUACCCUGGUGCAUCGAAUACCAAUCUUCAAAAUUAUGCAGCUAGUUCCAACCCGACAGGACAACGGGGACCUAACUAUGGAAACCCUUCAUAUUCUCAACUGCAACCUAUUCCCUCCCCUUCACAAUUGCCUUCUCAGCAAAACUAUAAUCCACCACCCAUUCAACCGCAAUUUUCCGGGUUUAGCUCGCAACCUUUACAGCUGCAGGUGAGCAAUGCUCAGCGGUACCCACCAAGUGCGCCCCAACUACAAUCACAUCCCUCAUACUCAAGACCUCCACAGUUACCACCAAAGAAUCCACAGAGAGACUCCUUUGGGUCACAACAUGCCGCAUUCUCGUCUCCACCGAUUCCUGGAAAAGAAGAGCAGUCUAAAGUACCACCUUGGCAGCAUGCAAAUAAAAGCUCUGAUUCCAAGAGUGGUCUAAUCUAUGAUCAACCAUCAACUUAUGAUCCCAACAUGUAUGACUUUUUUAGUAAAUAG